AAAGUUGUCGAGGGAGGUAGCACAUGAUCAUAAUACCCAGCUCGGCCAACUUCGAUCGACCUUGGACUUCACAAACACAACUCGAGGAGGAUCGAUGAUGAUUGUUCGAGCAUGAUCAGGUCGUGAGCCGAACACAGAAUAUACGAGAUGAGCGAAGCGGAUCCUCCCAACAAUGUAUUAUUAGAGAAUAACGCGACGACGACGGAUGGUGUGCUUCAAGGAUCAAACCAUGGAGAAGAAAGCACUCGAGAGGAACACCAAGAUACCAAUCAGCUGACCAAGGAGUCCCUGAAAAACGAGCCCGAAGAUGCAGAGAAAGAAGCAGAAGAAGAUCGGAAGCUGGGAAGAAAUCAAGAGGCAUAUGCAAGAGUAACACACACCUUAAAAGGCCACACCCGACCGAUCUCGAGCCUCAGUUUCGCGCCCGACGGGACCAAGCUCUCGAGUUCGAGUGCCGACGGGGUGAUCCUGAUAUGGAACGUGAUUUUACCGGAGAAGCCGAGUAGUGAUCGAGGAGGGGUGGUCGGCCAUCAGGUGGAGUUCAUGAGCAAGUUAGUCGACGGAGCCUCGGAAGAUGAAGAGAACGAUCGGCCUCGGGAGGGUAUCAACGACUUGGCUUGGUCUCCCGACUCGGAAUACUUGGUCAGUGGCUCGGACGACCAUGCGAUCCAUGUCUGGGCCCCCUCGUCUCAAUCCCUCCCAUCUAAUCCAUCAUCAUCAUCAUCAUCAUCAACUACAAGACCGAUCCGCAAAUUGCUCGGCCAUUCCCAUUGCGUCUAUUGUGUGAAAUUCAACCCGAUAGGAACCCUCUUGAUCUCCGGAAGCUUCGACGAAACAGUCAAGGUUUGGGACUUCCUGGCUGGCAAACUUCUCCGUACUCUUCCUGGUCAUAGCGAGGUCGUGAGCUGUUUGGACUUCAGUCGUGACGGCUCCGUGAUCGUCAGUGGCAGCUUCGAUGGCUUGAUUCGGAUGUGGGAUACGACGAGUGGACAAUGUUUAAAAACAAUGGUAGUAGCUCAAGAGACCAAUGCACCUGUAACGUUUAUUACUUUUACGCCGAAUUCGCGUUAUUUGAUCACGUGUUCAUUGGAUUCGACGGUCAGGAUAUGGGACUACAGGUCGAAAGAAGGGACAGUAAUGAAGUCGUAUACAGGACAUACGAACAUCAAAUAUUCUAUUCCUGCACGAGUGAUCUCGCGCGUCACGACUACGAAUAAACUGGAUCCAGGGAAUCCAAUUGGUGAUAGAGACCUAGUCUUGAUGGGCAGUGAAGACGGUAGUCUGUGGAUCUGGGACCUGCAAUCUCGUGAACUCGUUUUGAGGAAAGCGUCUCAUCAAGAUUCGAUCAUCGGAAUCUCAGUCCAUCCAACCAACCCAUCUAUUUUUGCUACAGCUGGACUAGAUAAAGACCCUUCCAUCAAACUUGUGUCUCUUUCUUGUCCACCUUCUUUAAAAACCUGACUCCGCCUUCAUCGAAGUCAUGGAUUGUAAAUUAAUUAAACAAAGAUCUGAAUUACGAUGAGUCAAAGCCAUGGAAUUUGUAAUCACAAUGUUUGAGCGGUACA